GACCAAUCAGCGUGCAGCACGCUGUUCUAUAAUACCGCCUGAGUUCCUUUCUCAGUCUCUUUUCUUUCACGCGUCCCUACUGAGAUAAAUCACCUUGUCUUUAAACCGGCUCUUAACCGAUCCUUGGAAGCACUGCAAAGAUGCCCAGGGAAGACAGGGCCACGUGGAAGUCCAACUACUUCAUCAAGAUCAUUCAACUGCUGAAUGACUUCCCAAAAUGCUUCAUCGUGGGCGCAGACAACGUCGGCUCCAAGCAGAUGCAGACCAUCCGUCUGUCCCUGCGGGGCAAGGCAGUCGUGCUCAUGGGCAAGAACACCAUGAUGCGCAAGGCUAUCCGUGGCCACCUGGAGAACAACCCAGCCUUGGAGAAGCUGCUUCCUCACAUCCGUGGAAAUGUGGGCUUUGUCUUUACCAAGGAAGACCUGGCUGAGGUCAGGGACUUGCUGCUGGCCAAUAAGGUGCCAGCUGCUGCCCGUGCUGGUGCCAUCGCUCCUUGCGAGGUGAUUGUGCCUGCUCAGAACACUGGGCUGGGUCCUGAAAAGACCUCCUUCUUCCAGGCUUUGGGUAUCACCACCAAGAUCUCCAGAGGAACUAUUGAAAUCCUGAGUGAUGUGCAACUGAUUAAGCCUGGAGAUAAGGUGGGUGCCAGCGAGGCCACGCUGCUCAACAUGUUGAACAUCUCGCCCUUUUCCUACGGGUUGAUCAUCCAGCAGGUCUAUGACAAUGGCAGCGUCUAUAGCCCUGAGGUGCUCGACAUCACUGAGGAUGCCCUGCACAAGAGGUUCUUGGAGGGUGUGAGGAACAUCGCCAGUGUGUGUCUGCAGAUUGGCUACCCAACUCUUGCCUCUAUCCCUCAUUCCGUCAUCAAUGGAUACAAGAGGGUUCUGGCUGUCACUGUGGAGACAGACUAUUCCUUCCCUCUGGCUGAUAAGGUCAAGGCCUUCCUGGCUGAUCCAUCUGCUUUUGCUGCAGUUGCAGCUCCCGCUGCGGCAGCCGCUGCUCCCGCUGCUGCUCCAGCCGCCGCUGCAGAGCCAGCCAAGGAGGAAUCUGAGGAGUCUGAUGAGGACAUGGGCUUUGGCCUGUUCGACUAAAAACAAGCAGAAAACCAUCAUAACCUGCUUGAUUUGAACAUGAAUGAAUAAAAAAAUUUAAACAGA